GGCCUCGGGGAUCCACGGCGGCUUACGGGGCUCUGUCAGCGGGCAAGAUGCCAUGUGGAUGCGGGCUCCCGCGGCCCUGCCCACGAAUGCGGGUUACAGCGCGUCUCCGAGCCGCCGAGCUGCUGUUCCCGGGGCCGAGGAGGAGCCGGAUCCGAGGGGGACCCGGUGACUCCGAUUACGGUCCAGGUCUACUCUGUUGGAGCCGGAGAUCCCGCAGCCGCAUCUGCGUCGGAGUCCGGGACUCGGGUCCCCGGGCCCCUGUCUCCCCACCGGCUCAGCAUCUGGACCCGGACCAGGUUCCAGUCAGACCGGGUUCACGGAGGAGGCCGUCUCCGGUUACCGGCUCGAAGCCCUGAGUCAAAGACCCGCUGGGAUGUGGAUUAGAGGUGAGCGGGUCUGGAGGCGGCGGUGGCUGGUGUUUUUAGCCGCUGUCUCUGGUUUCAUCCUCCGCCUUUGUCCUCAUGUUUUCCCCCGGAGUUCCUCCCCCUGCGGCGCUGGGCGGAGUUUCAUACCGGACUAGACGCUCCUUUUGUCGGAUCUGUUUCGAACUGACUCCCCGGGGUUUACGGCUGAAAAAAACACACUUUGGAAGUGUUCCGAUAACCCCCAGAGCCGCGGCGGUGUUCGGGACGGACCCGGGCUCGAGUCGGAACCAUCAGGAGGGGGCGGAGUCUGCUCCGUCAGGUGCUGCAGGAUGAACGGCGGUGGCAGCAGCGUCUCAGCAUCUCAGAGCAGCAGGAUCAAGAGUGAGCCAGGUGCUCCAGGGGCUUCAGGGCUGUGUUUCUCUGCAGAUGAUUGGACCAAGGAGGACUGUCUGACUCUGCUGGAGAGGAUUCGCAGUGUCCUGCCGGACGGAGACGCCAUGAAGUACAAAACCACCGAGUCGCACUUCGAUUGGGAGAAGGUGUGUUUCGGCAGCUUCACUGGAGACAUGUGUCGGCAGAAGUGGCAGAAAGUGUCCUCUGAGGUUCGUAAAUACCGAACCAUGACAGAGCUCAUCGUAGACGCCAUGGAGUUCGUCAAAAACCCCUACAAAGGCAAGAAGCUGAAGACUCACCCGGAUUUUCCCAAGAAGCCUCUGACUCCGUACUUUCGCUUCUUCAUGGAGAAACGAGCCAAAUACGCCAAAAUCCACCCAGAGAUGAGCAACCUGGACCUGACAAAGAUCCUGUCUAAGAAGUACAGAGAACUGCCCGACAAAAAGAAGCAAAAGUACAUCACAGAGUUUCAACGAGAGAAAGAGGAGUUUGAGAAGAACAUGUCUCGAUUCAAGGAGGAGCAUCCAGAGCUGAUUGAGGAGAGGAAGAAGUCAGACCUGCCUGAAAAACCCAAAACUCCACAGCAGCUGUGGUACAACCAUGAGAAGAAGACAUACAUGAAACUACACCCAGAGGUGAGUCAGAAGGAGCUGAAGGAGGCGUUGAGGAGACAGUGGUCUCAGCUUUCAGAUAAGAGGAGGCUGAAGUGGAUCAGUAAGGCCCUGGAGCUGCAGAAGGACUAUGAGGACAGUAUGAGAGCGUACCACCAGGCCCACCCUGAUGUCAACUCUGAGGACCACGUCCGCUCUGUCCUCACCAAAGCAGAGAGACAACUGAAGGACAAGUUCGACGGACGACCGACGAAACCACCGCCUAACGGGUACUCCCUGUACUGUGCCGAGCUCAUGGUGAACAUGAAGGACGUGCCGAGCACCGAGCGCAUGGUUCUGUGUAGUAAACAAUGGAAGAUGAUGACGCAGAAGGAGAAAGACAUGUUCCAGAGACGCUGUGAGCAGAAAAAGAAACAGUACGACAUUGACUUGCAGCGUUUCCUGGAGAGUCUGCCGGAAGAGGAGCGAGAUCGGGUCCUGAGUGAGGAGAAACUGGGUGGAGCUAAACUUGGUGUGGGCGUGGCCUCCAGUCCACACAGAGCUAAAUCUCCAUCUGUCAAAGAGCGCAGCCGGGAGGCAGAGCCAGAGACAUGGGUCGGAGUUGGACAGAAGGACAGACGAGACGCCAAGAAGACGGCCAAGCUCCCAGAGACGCCGAAGACGGCCGAAGAGAUGUGGCAGCACAGCGUCAUGGGAGACUACCUGGCCAAAUACAGAAGCGACCGCAGGAAGGCGCAGGUGGCGAUGGAGGCAUCCUGGAAGUCCAUGGAGAAGAAGGAGAAGAUCCCAUGGAUCAAGAAGGCGGCUGAAGACCAGAAACGCUACGAGAGGGAGCUGCUGGACAUGAGGACUCCACCCACGGCCGCAGCGGCCACUCAACGGAAACCCAAGUUUGACGGAGAACCCAAGAAACCGCCGGUGAGUGGGUAUCAGAUGUUCUCCCAGGAGCUGCUGACCAAUGGGGAGCUGAACCACUUCAGUCUGAAGGAGCGAAUGGUGGAGAUCGGGAAGAGGUGGCACAAGCUGAGCCAGAGCCAGAAGGACAAGUACAAGAAGCAGGUGGAGGAGCAGCAGGUGGAGUACAAGGCGGAGCUGGAGGCGUGGCUCAAGUCUCUGUCUCCUCAGGAUCGCGCUGUCUACAAAGAGUUCUCAUCCUCAAAACGUCGCAGUACCACCACCAAAGUUCGCAGCAGUCCAGGAGCCAAAGUCCGAGUGACGGCGAAGGGGAAGGCGUCUGGAUCCAAAACCACAGCACCAGGAGGAGUGGGAGUGGGCAAGAGGAGCAUGGCCUACAGAGCCAAGCAGGAUAUGUCCGACUCAGAUGAGGAAGAGGAGAAGAGCGACUCGUCGGACUCUGAUGAAGACGAUGAGACGUCUGGAACAACGGACAGUGAUGAUGAUGAUGACGAGAAUGACGACGAGGACGACGAGGACGACGAAGAUCAGACGUCCUCAGACGAAUCCAGUGAUUCAGACUCAGAUUAGCUCCGCCCCUCCCCCCUCACUGGAGAGGACAGGUUGUGCAGGCCACGCCUCCUCACAUGCCAAUAAUCCCGGCGGACUAAUGAGAAGAUGCCCCGCCCACCUCUCUCUGACGUGAAGGGGGCGGAGCCUGACGGAGUGUUUUGUUACCAUUUUGUUUGUUUUAUUGAGUGUUUGUUGGUUUUUAUCAGACAUUUGAGGCGGAGACUUUGUCUAAAUCUGUUUUUUUAUGUGACAGCAGGCGGAGUUUGUACAGUUCACCAGGCAGGGAGGGGGUGGAGCACAUGUGGUUGUUAUGGGUUACAGCUGGGGGAGGAGCCUCUGAUCAACUGCCUGCCUGAGAAAAUUAUUAACGAAUAAUAAAUGCACUUUUUUCUCA